CAUCCCAGGGAGGGGAGGUGCGCCCCAAAUUGGCGAGGCUCUGCCAAAUACCAAAGGCUCUUCUUUGGAAGGAGACUCCUCCUUUGGACGUGAGGCGCCCCUACCAGAGCGCCCGCGUACAGAAACGGAAACCACUAGCUGCGCUGAAGUGAGUCAAGUGAUGAAAUCAAGACUACACGGGAAGGAAGCUCACGAAACCUAACUGGUGACAGAAGCUGCUGAACCCUGCCCGAGGAAACCACAUGAGCCAGCAGUUGCUGUCCUACCGAAGUGGUCCUCGGAGGCAGCGCACCCCUUCUUUUUGGCGAACCGAGGAGGAAGGGAGGAAGCGUGUGGGGGAAAUCUAGAACUUCUGGUUCCCCAAGGACCCAGCAGACGGCUCUGGCUACAAGGUGAUCACUGCCACCAGGUCAGUGCAGGAUUCCUCCAAUGUAGACGGACCGGGAGCCACAACUUGCGCGGAGCAGCAGCCUCGCGGAUCGCGCAGAGAGAAGCCGCGCAACAGCCAGGCUUGGCCCGGACUGCGCCCCCACCCCGCGCGCGCGGUCAACGGUUCUCACCUGGAGCGCUCAGGUAGUGCUGGGGCGGGGCGGGGCGGUAGGCUGGCGCGCAGGCGCGGGAGCGGGGCCUCGCCCCUGCCGACGUCGCAGACUGGAGCUCACCUGGGAGACUCCAAGAGGAAGCCGAGCCUCGGUUCUGCCUCUCCAGGCAACGCGGGAGGCCCAGCGGGAAGGCAGGAGGCGGCGGCGGAGGAGGAGCUCUACUUAGCCGCAACUGUAGCGACAGCAACCGGAGUCGCAGCGGCGGCCACCUGCACCUGGAGUCCAGCCCACGUCCAGCGCCCGCCCGGCCGCCGCUUCCCGCCGCCCUGCCCUGCCCGCCCACCAGUCAUUCACAGGUGCAGACGUAGCAGGAAACAGCAUGUGAGACCCUGAGUUUGUGACUCCCUUGACAGUGAACAAAUUUUUCUGGGUGCCUACUGUGUUACCAACAUUGUGGUACUACCAUUUAAAGAUACCUUCUUCUCAGCAAAUCUAUGAUAAAAAAUAUAAGUAACAGAAGAAAUAACUGUUAUCUGUCAAGCGACAAGCUUUUAAUGUCAGAAUGGCUCACCUAAAGCGACUAGUAAAAUUACACAUUAAAAGACAUUACCAUAAAAAGUUCUGGAAGCUUGGUGCAGUAGUUUUUUUCUUUAUUAUAGUUUUGGUUUUAAUGCAAAGAGAAGUAAGUGUUCAAUAUUCCAAAGAGGAAUCAAGGAUGGAAAGAAACAUGAAAAACAAAAACAAGAUGUUAGAUUUAAUGCUAGAAGCUGUAAACAAUAUUAAGGAUGCAAUGCCAAAAAUGCAAAUAGGAGCACCUGUCAGGCAAAACAUUGAUGUUGGUGAGAGACCUUGUUUGCAAGGAUAUUAUACAGCAGCAGAAUUGAAGCCUGUUCUUGACCGUCCACCUCAGGAUUCAAAUGCACCUGGUGCUUCUGGUAAAGCAUUCAAGACAACCAAUUUAAGUGUUGAAGAGCAAAAGGAAAAGGAACGUGGGGAAGCUAAACACUGUUUUAAUGCUUUCGCAAGUGACAGGAUUUCUUUGCACCGAGAUCUUGGACCAGACACUCGACCUCCUGAAUGUAUUGAACAAAAAUUUAAGCGCUGCCCUCCCCUGCCCACCACCAGCGUCAUAAUAGUUUUUCAUAAUGAAGCGUGGUCCACGUUGCUUAGAACUGUCCACAGUGUGCUCUAUUCUUCACCUGCAAUACUGCUGAAGGAAAUCAUUUUGGUGGAUGAUGCUAGUGUAGAUGAGUACUUACAUGAUAAACUAGAUGAAUAUGUAAAACAAUUUUCUAUAGUAAAAAUAGUCAGACAAAGAGAAAGAAAAGGUCUGAUCACUGCUCGGUUGCUAGGAGCAACAGUCGCAACAGCUGAAACGCUCACAUUUUUAGAUGCUCACUGUGAGUGUUUCUAUGGUUGGUUAGAACCUCUGUUGGCCAGAAUAGCUGAGAACUACACAGCUGUCGUGAGUCCAGAUAUUGCAUCCAUAGAUCUGAACACAUUUGAAUUCAGCAAACCUUCUCCUUAUGGAAGUAACCAUAACCGUGGAAAUUUUGACUGGAGUCUUUCAUUUGGCUGGGAGUCACUUCCUGAUCAUGAGAGGCAAAGAAGGAAAGAUGAAACCUACCCAAUUAAAACACCCACUUUUGCAGGAGGACUUUUUUCCAUAUCAAAAGAAUAUUUUGAGUAUCUUGGAAGUUACGAUGAAGAAAUGGAAAUCUGGGGAGGUGAAAAUAUAGAAAUGUCUUUCAGAGUAUGGCAAUGUGGUGGGCAGUUGGAGAUUAUGCCUUGCUCUGUUGUUGGACAUGUUUUUCGCAGCAAAAGCCCUCAUAGCUUUCCAAAAGGCACUCAGGUGAUUGCUAGAAACCAAGUUCGCCUUGCAGAAGUCUGGAUGGAUGAAUACAAGGAAAUAUUUUAUAGGAGAAAUACAGAUGCAGCAAAAAUUGUUAAACAAAAAGCAUUUGGUGAUCUUUCAAAAAGAUUUGAAAUAAAACACCGCCUUCAGUGUAAAAAUUUUACAUGGUAUCUGAACAAUAUUUAUCCAGAGGUGUAUGUGCCAGACCUUAAUCCUGUUAUAUCUGGAUAUAUUAAAAGCGUUGGUCAGCCUCUAUGUCUGGAUGUUGGAGAAAACAAUCAAGGAGGCAAACCAUUAAUUAUGUAUACAUGUCAUGGACUUGGGGGAAACCAGUACUUUGAAUACUCUGCUCAACAUGAAAUCCGGCACAACAUCCAGAAGGAAUUAUGUCUUCAUGCUGCCCAAGGUCUCGUUCAGCUGAAGGCAUGUACCUACAAAGGUCACAAGACAGUUGUCACUGGAGAGCAGAUAUGGGAGAUCCAGAAGGAUCAACUUCUAUACAAUCCAUUCUUAAAAAUGUGCCUUUCAGCAAAUGGAGAGCAUCCAAGUUUAGUGUCAUGCAACCCAUCAGAUCCACUCCAAAAAUGGAUAUUUAGCCAAAAUGAUUAAGUGUUCCUUAAAAUUAAGUUGAAAAAGGAGACAUUCUUUCUCAUAAAACUGUGACUAGGCAUACACUGUAGGUUUUGAAAAUUAUGCAAAAGCAGCUAAAUGUAACUUAUUCCAAGUGCAUUUUUCUUAUUUAUAUCUUAAAAUAUCUAUGUAGCACUACUACAGAAAUUCUGCAAGUUUCUGUUUCAAAGCACAGUAACUAGUAAUACCAAAGACUAUUUCAAAAUGUCCAGAUGUAGGGGAAGAGAUGUUUACAGUAUGAUGAAAAUAAUUUUCGAAGUAAAGUGAUGUUUGUGUGUUUUGUACACUUAGGGAUAUAUAUAGCUACAUUCACACACUCACAAUUUAAAAUAUUUCCCCUAGUUUUUUGGGGGGAUAGGAAGAAAGAUUUGUUACUGUAUUUUUUUAACUAUAUAGAAAUAGAUCAGUGAAGGUCAGUAUUGGCCUCUGUACAAACCAAGAGCUUUUACAGAUCCAGAAUUUAUUAUUUUAAAAUGCAGGUGAAUUUUUUUUGCUUUUGGUUUACUUGUCUGUUAAAUGUUUCUUUAAACAUGAAACUGAAUAAGGAGAGGAGUAUUUUUAACACUUAAAUUUCUUGGCAAUUUUUAAAACAUUUUUUAGUCUGCAACCCACUCCACUUGAAGCACUUAAGUCUUCCUUAAAUGACUUUUCUUAAGUAACGAUACUGUGUGUUUUCCCAAAGCACUUUUAAAAACACUUUUAUAAAUUACUAUCUGUUGAAAAGGUGCCCUUUUCCUUUCUGCUAGUGUUUUUUUUCUUACCAAAAUUCACUAAUCUUGAAUGUUUGUGAUAUUAAAUUUCAAAUGCAGAAUACUUGACUCAUUUAAAGCUAAAUUUUGUUACUGAUUUAAUUAUAAUUGUAAUGGAUUUUUGACUUUGUAAUGGAUUCUUUUCAUCAAAAAGCCUUAUUUUUUAUCUAUAUGGAAAACACAAUAAAAAAUCCUCAACACUAUUGUAA